AUGGGCUCUCCACACGCAGGCGUUCUGUCAGGCCCAAGAAACAUCAUCAAGAAGGUCUCACAGACAAUAAAAUAUAGAGACAACUCCGAAGAUGAUGUCCGUUAUGAUCCUUUGGAAGAUGAGAAAUCUCUUCUUGAGCAGCACGAAUCUCAGUCCUUAGGGGACGAGAGGACGCGAAAAAGGUUACUAUUGAUUUCAUCUGCGCUGAUCUUAGUACUCUUGGCCAUUUCGGUUGUACUCAAUGUCUUGUCGUGGCAAAAGCUUUACGUGCUUCAGCAGAGUUCCCAUAGCCAUGGAGUUGAAAUAUUCGAUUCACCACUUGAUACACAGAUGGGCAUCCAAUAUCAUACACAAGCCAUCAAUGGGUCUGUGAAAAAGCCGACUCUCUACCGUCAGAGGCCUAGCCAGGAAGUUGACGACGCAUGGCUUGCACUCGGCACGAACUUUGGAUCCAUUGCCAUUCCCAUUGAGGAAGGGCCGAAAUUUGGCAUCCAAAAAGGCCAAGUCCAACGGGUCGCCGAGCAAGGUGGUGGUUAUAUGGCAGAUCUCUUUGUGUUUCACGAUCUUCACUGCCUGAACCUUAUCAGACAGACUUCCCAUUGGAACUGGGAUUAUUACAGAGCCAAGGCAGGAACUGAUGAGGCUCCCGGCACUGCAUUCGAGGCCUAUGUCGACGAGGAUGACCUUUGGGAGCACUUCACUCACUGCCUGGAUAUGCUCCGGCAGUUUAUCAUGUGCAACGCGAACACUGCCAUCUACGGACAGUGGUGGGUGAAAGACAAAGGACCAGAUAAGGACUUCAAUUCCAAUGCGCAAUGCAAGGACUUCGAUGCUCUUCUGGAGUGGUACGAAGAAAAUCAUGUCGAUAUGGAUACCGCUCUGGUCAGGAAAAGGCCAGGUGACGUUGUUAUAGAUGAGCCGACGUAA